UCGAUUUUUGGUCAAAUUGCAAAGCAACUUACCAAAACAGUUCGCUCUUUCAAGAAUCAAAAGUCUUCUAGGAGCUGGCAAGCAGUUAUAUCGGAUAUCAAACGCUAUGCUGACGAGGAGCACGAAAGACGUGAAGCCGAAGAGAGAUUGAAAAAACGUUUGAACUUUUACAAAAAAGCUGCUGCUGAUUUUGAGGAGACAUUGUCGAAGAAGAAAGGAAAGAGGAAGUUGUCAAAACUCCAUGACCUUGAGAAGGUGCUGAAGUACAAACACUACAGUCAAAUGGAUCUCUUGAAGAAAGAAUAUGGGAACCGUGAUAAGUCCUCAUCACGUAUUGAUCAAGCAAUUUACGGACCAAUCAAACUAGUUAGGGAAGGAGCCAAGCUAGCUAUGAUGUUAGCCGGCCAAAAUACAUCCGAGUUCGAAGAUAGGACAGUAAAGAUGAUUAGCCCUAGGAUUAUGAGUCUGGUACCGGAGAACGUGAGCACGAACGCAAACGAGGUCAACGUGUUCUCACCGUCGCUUUUUUCCCUUCACAAUCAAGGAGAUGGUAUAGAGAAACUGACAUCAUUACCGAAUCUGCUGAACCUCACAGGAGUACUGGAUAACCGAGACCAGCAAGAUUGGAUGGACUUCGUAAUUGAGACGUCAGGCGCUGGCGACAUAAUAGAGAAGACUAAGGUAUGA